UUAUCCAUUUCCCACACCCAUCAACCUCUUUUCUGUAUAAAUCUCUAUAAACUCCUCUAUAUAUACUCUUCUCUUCUUCUCAUUUCAGAAACAAAAGAUCUUCAAGAAUGGUUUCAACACAAAAAGUGACUUUCCUUGCUUCCUUCCUCUUCAUCGCUGUGCUCCUUCCGGCUGUUGCUGCUGUUGACUAUCAGGUCGGAGGUGAUUUCGGUUGGAACCUACCGCCAACUCCCACCUUCUUCUCCGAAUGGGCUAGUAAUAAGACUUUCUUUGUUGGCGAUAGGUUAAGGUUCAAUUCAAGUGCAAAUGAAACUCACAACUAUGCAAUGCCUGGGUCUCAAGCAGAGCUUGAUGGGUGCGUGAAGCCAGGAAUAGUUUUUGUGGGAAAUGUUUUUCCUGUACUGGAUCGUCCUGGUCGUAGAUACUUUAUAUGUGAAGUUGGUAACCAUUGCAAUUUGGGCAUGAAAUUUGCUAUUGAUGUUAUGCCUAUACUUGGAUCGAUGCCACCUAAUGCUGCACUCAAAAUUGAUGCAUUUCCUAUGCUACUACUCUUCAUCACCAUGAUCACCAAUUUCUUGUUCAUCAUAUGAGAUAUUAAUUUAUGCAUCUCUCCAAAUUAAUAAUCUCAAUGUUCUAUUUUUCUAGAGUAUUUGAUAUCUUUCUACUUCAUUCAAUAAAUGCUAUUGUAACAGGAUUGUACAUGCUUGCAUUUUUUUUCUCCCUCACAAUUCAAUAUAAUGUACGUUUCUUUGAUUUGUUUGUAGUGAUUUAUAAAUUUGGCAUUUUUAUGGCCUUCAAGAUGAGAGUGAUAGGGAAUUAAUUAACUCUAGGGGUACUUGAUUUUGCA